UGAUUUCCUGAUUCAGGUUCGAAGCAGAUAUAAAUACUACAAGCAAAACUUGAAUGUGUUGCUUGAUGCGAGGAUGGUUCAACCACAAUAAGUUAGUGACCACGUGGACACUUGUUGAACAUAAACAUCUGAUUAUUAUAAUUAGUUUUUGUAUAAAUUAUAUUAAAUUAUUAGUUAGAUUAGAGUUACAUGCCAAUUUGUGGUGUUUUCCAUUAAUUAACAAUCUGUAAGUCGAACAAUUUUUCAAUUCCAUUACAUAUAAGGCGAGUUUAACUGGUAUUAUGGUCCUUAAUUUUACAUAGCAAUUUCUGUGGCCGAAUUAUAUGGAACAAUUCAAUAGAUAACAAUCUGCAUUUUUUUAAAAUCUACUUAAAUAAAUCGAGAUUUUUGGAAAUCGUUGAUUAAUAAGCCUAAGUCUGUGAGCAAUGAACAAAGAAAAGUUUGUGAAAAUGAGAUACUUGUGAGAAGUUGCAAGAUGAAGAGUGCAUACGGUAUAUGAAUUGUUUGAGCUAAUAAUGAACUUACCUCCUUGUAAUGAAUAUGUAAUUGGACUUUCACAAGGACAAGGUGCGCCUUUCACAUGUGGAGGGUUUAUAUCCAUCACCUCAGCCCUACCAUGGUUAGAACUGAGGUAAGAAAAUUAUAUGAUUAUGGCGCCCCAAGAUGGCAGGAAAUGUCACUCUCAGACUACUUGAAUUUUUCUCCAUUUUAUAAUAUAAUUUAGGGGUGGGGCCCAUCUGAGCUGGCUGCCCCUCCCCCCUGAAUCCGCCAUUGAAGUGUAUGAGUAUUAAGUUGUGUGUUGAGUUGUUGGCAGAAUUGUCAUAGCAAGCAACAUGUAUUUUCAGUAGUAAGCCUGUGAUCUAACAAGCAUAGUCUCUACAGAAAUUGAAUUCUAAAACUUUUUUAUUUAUUAAUGACAAAUGUUUGACUGUGCAGUUCACUAUUGGUGGCAGGCAGUAGUCCUGAGACUGUGUCAUUCACCUGUGAGAUACGAGACCAAACAAAUUAACAGAAUGAGUCAUAGUGUGUAAUCGUAAGGGGAGCAUCCUGCAACAAGUUUACGGAACAUCCGGCAAAACUAAGCAGUAAUUAAUCAAGUUGUUUUCCUUUCCUAUUCGUUGCACAAAAGCAGUUGUUCACACUCAGCGAAGCCCCAUGGAUGAAAAGAAGAAUGUGGUUCGAGUUUACACCCCAACGCUUAUGCGGGGCUUGACAUCUGCGACGGCCGUUGCAGUUGCUCCGUUUAAAUUCCGGCUCCGUAUGGACUAUCAUGGAACAGAUUCAUCAGUGUCUUUAUGGAAUAAUUUAAAAGCAUGGAUCAAGCAACACCCCCUGUACUCUGGCUGUCUUGCAGUACUAUGUGGUGUCAAUAUAGUGCCAAUCAUAUCAUUUGCUGCUGCAUACAUAACAAUUAAAAUUACUAUGAAAGUUGGCAGAGGUCUACUACAGGGUGUAAGAAGAUUACUUGGGUUUCAGACAAAGUCUACCAUAUUUGAAGAUGAAUACCAUUUGUCGCAUGUUAACCAGCAGAUGAGUGAAUAUUGGGGAAGGUUCCGCAUCGUACCAACCACAAGAACAACUAAGAAGGUUGUGAGUCUGUACAAUGACGUUGCAGACUUCAAGAUGUUGGAGGAAUGCACUCGUUUGUUACAGACAAGCGAGAACGGGCAAGUCUACAGCUACCUUACUGGUAUCUGCGAUGGUGAGAGUGGAGAUGUUGAUUCUGCAAUCCCAAGUUCGGAGAUAGAAAAAAAUGACCUUGAGGUCACUGAUCAGUAUGCAACAGAUCACCCAGAUAUCAUACGCGGCCUUGAUGCAAAACAAAUGUUUACAAGUGAUAUUUUGCCAACAGAUGCAAGUCUGUGUGACGAGGUUGAUGGUAAACUAUCUCUGGAAGUAGAAUCACCUUCUAUGUUGGCACUGGAAGAAUCAACAAAGCUUGAACAAAAGUUAUCAAGAGAUGAUAUAAAUGAAGUGAAGAACAAGAAGAAAAGGAGGAAGAUUAAGAGAAUAUCUUGGCCAUUUACAAAGAAGAAGUGAUCUUAAUAUGAAUAUCAAAUUCUUCUUGUAUAUACAUUAUCUUCUUUGUUGAACAGCGCACAGCAUAAGAUAAGUAACUUUAGCCUGGCAUUCCCUGAAUCUGCAGCUAACGUGAUUCAAUGAGAUGCAACAGAUUCUUUCAACAAGAUCAGUUCAGAGCGCCAUCAACAAUCAAUCAGCAGACUGGAAUUGUGUUGGGCAAUUGCACAACAGCACAAACAAAUGUGCACUCAGCUUAAAAGUUAUAACAUGUGCGAUUGUAAUACCAAACAAUAAGAGAUAACAUAACAUUUAUAUCAAACUGAUGUUUGUUCAGCUGAUGUACGUAACAUAGAAUCUGGAUUAAACAAAAGAUUCAACAGAGCA